CAGACUGAACUGCGCGGCAAAAGAAGGGGGACACAAACAAAAACAUGUGGCUGAGGCUGUGAGAAAACGGUACAGCAGGCGAGGAGACACCCAUAUAUCUGAGUUGUGAGUGACGGCAGACAUCAUGGGUUUGCACUCAGCCCAGAAGAAGCACUUUCCCCUGCGGGGGAUUGACGGUGUGGUUCAGCUGUUUGAUGCUGAGCUCCGCAAGUCGGAGCCAGACCUCGCUCUUCUCUCACUGGUCCUGGGGUUUGUGGAGCACUUUCUGGCUGUGAACCGGGUCAUCCCCAUAAACGUUCCAGGGGUCCGGUUUGAGCCACUAGAGCCAGACUGUCCCACCUCCUGCUUUCCCACCGUGGAGUUGGGCAUGAUUUCUGCUCUGUAUGAGCGCUUCACGGCCCAAAUCCGUGGGGCGGUGGAUCUUUCUCAGUACCGGAGGACUGCUGCUGGAUCCAGCAGAGAGCUGGUGAAAAAAGUGUCUGAUGUGAUCUGGAACAGCCUCAGUCGCUCUUACUUCAAGGACAGGGCCCACAUCCAAUCACUCUUCAGUCUCAUCACAGGUACCAAACUGGACAGCUCUGGGGUGGCUUUUGCUGUGGUUGCAGCAUGUCAAGUCUUAGGUCUGAAGGAUGUUCACCUGGCACUGUCUGAAGACCAUGCCUGGGUUAUAUUUAGCAAAAAUGGCGAGGAGACGGCAGAGGUCACCUGGCAUGGGAAGGGUAACGAGGACCGACGAGGACAAACAGUCACAGCAGGAGUCAAUGAGAAGAGCUGGCUGUAUCUAAAGGGCUCCUACAUGAAAUGUGAUAGAAACAUGGAGGUGGCCUUCAUGGUCUGUGCCAUCAACCCUUCACUGGACCUGCACACCGACAGCUCUGAGCUCCUGCAGCUACAACAGAAACUCCUCUGGUUGCUGUACGAGCGAGGUGACCUCGACAGAUAUCCUAUGGCCAUGGGCACUCUAGCAGACCUUGAGGACCAGGAUCCAAUCCCAGGAAAAGAGAGCCCCCUGAAAAUUCACCUUAAGGCUGUCACCUCUGCUCAGAGGCACUAUAACAAUGAGCACAUCUACCCCUACAUGUACCUCGCUGGUUUCCACUACAGACACAGGGAUGUGCGGGAGGCUCUGAGAGCCUGGGCCGAGGCAGCUCAGGUCAUGCAAGAAUAUAACUAUUUCCGUGAGGAUGAGGAGAUCUACAAGGAGUUCUUCGACAUUGCAAAUGAUGUUAUUCCCACUUUGCUGAAGGAGACUACUGCUGCUGCAGAGAGUCCUGGGGAGGGAGGAGAGGGAGGAGAAGGAGCUGACAAGGAACACCCCAAGCAGGCAGCUGUCUUCUCAGCCCUCCAGGACCCAGAAUGCUUUGCCCACCUUCUGCGAUUUUAUGAUGGUAUCUGCAAGUGGGAGGAGGGAAGUCCCACUCCGGUUCUUCAUGUGGGCUGGGCCACAUACCUAGUCCAGUCUCUGAGCCGCUUUGAUGCUCAGAUUCGUCAGAAAGUGUCGAUCAUCACCAAAGAGCUUGAGUCUCAGGAUGAUGAUGACCAGUCAAGUGAGGACACCCGGGAGGGCCGUAGGCGAGGUCCCAGGAGAGAAUCCAAAUUAGAGGAUCAGAGCUCUCCUCCUCCUGCUGCUCCCACCUCCCCAUCAAGCCAGUUGCCAGCAGCUGCUCAGCCCAAGAAAGUGGGAGAAGGAGGGGUCCGUCGCCGUUCUUCCCAGGGCCUGAGGGUAGGAGAUAUUGAAGGAAAACCCAAGUCCCCCAGCCCAGACUCUGCAUCUUCACCCUCGUCUCAGCAGCAAGCGUCCCCCUCCCCAGCUGGCCCUGUAGUCAUCUUUCAGAGUGAGAAGAUGAAGGGAAUGAAGGAGUUGCUGUGUGCAGCCAAGGUAAACUCCAGCGCCAUUAAGCUGCAACUCACUGCCCAGUCACAGGUCCAGAUGAAGAGGCAGAAGAGCACACCAGCUGGGGAUUACUCCAUGUCUUUCAUGAAGCGCCAGCGCAAGUCACUGUAGACAUGCUGAUUGUUGUAGGAGGAGACUGUAGGGAUAUACUGUGAACAGCAACAGGGACACCCGUUUAACCUCGCUUCUGUUUUUGAAACUUUUUACCAGUGUUUUCAUCCAGAGGAUCCUCUCAGUCUAUAUCCUCAUAGUUCCUAGCAAUAUAUUUGACUUGCACAGAUCAUCUUGAGUUAAGCAUCACAUAUCAGGUUUAAACUGAGGGGUGAACAUUUCAUUCUGUUUUUAUUUAAUGAAUAAUUUCUGGGGACCCACCUAGUUUGAUAGAUUGUAAGUAUUCAUCAUUAGUUUGUGUUUUUAAUUGGCAGCCAAUUGCGCACUGACUAUUAACUUCUCAUUGACUUACAUGUGGAUGUUUGAAGCCAAAGUAAUGAGGAGGACUAGAAUCCAACUUACAGAUGUGUUAAUAUCAACCUGUACUCAUAGGAACCUGUUCAUGACUGACGCCUUGGAAGUGAUUAAUUUAGGAUAGUUACUGUGUAACAUUGUCCACUCUGCUCUAUCAACAGCUUCUUUCUUGCUAGCUCUAUGUUGCCUUACUUUGCCUUUGUUCUUUUCUAAAGUAGGUGGCCUUUAGUUUUGACAAUAGCUGAGCUAGGCCUGUUUCUAACAAUUAGAGAAGACCAGGAAGACCAUGCACUGUUGAGAUGGAGCCACAUUAGAUGGCCCUGCUACAUCCAAUUUGCUUGAUGAUUUGUGGUUUUUGUUCUUGUUUUUGUAACUGCAAGUAAUAAAGACCUGAUGAAAACAGAA